GAAUGUUCUCGGUGAGGAUCUCUACAUCGUAAGCGGCCCAUGGUGCUGGAUUAGGGGCUGUCUGGACCGGGAAAACAUCAUUCUUUGGAUGACAGUGGGUGGGAAAGGCUGGGAGAUCUUGACCUAUAUCGUCACAGCGUUCCUGUACAUUUAUCUCAAGUACUACAUGAUUAGGAAGCGUCGUAGAGAGGGCCAGCCCAACCUCCGUUAUAGCCAAAUCUCGUACCGUCUCCGUGAUGACGACGAGAAUUACGUGCUCUUGUGGUUUGUUCUUUACAUCUUACGAAUCUGGGGAACAGCAAGAUACGUGAAAUUUGUCUACGAGGCCAGUACGGGUCAAACGUCCGAGCUGGAUUUUGACCAGACGGACAUGGUACUCAUGCACUUUCAGAGCGUUGGUGACAGCUCCCAGGCUUUUUUCAAUUGUCUACUUUUUUGUGUUAAGGACAGUACGGUAAGGCAUGGAUUAUUAACUAGGCUGUUCUGUCGACGGAACCAACUUCAAGGAAGACAACUGAAUGAAUACAACCAGAUUUAAACAAUUUUAAGCGAUUUUCCUAUAAAUUUGGAAAUCAAGAAGGACAGUACUAAAUCUCUAAAAUUCAAGGUUUUAACAGAUCUUUUUCGAAAUGAAUAUAAUUAUUAUAGAAGUAUGAAAUAU